AUGGCCAGCGGGGAUAACAACGCCGUGCCCCGCGCUGACGAAGAGACCAUGAAGGUCGUUCAGAAUGACGAUGACCUGGGGCUUGUCGAUGUAGAGAGCAUGUGUAUGAACUGCCAUGACAAUGGUUCUACCAAAUUCCUCCUGAUCAAGAUCCCCUUCUUCCGCGACGUCCUCCUUGAAUCAUUCGAGUGUCCUCACUGCGGCUACAAGAAUAAUUCUAUCAAAGCUGCCGGCGAGAUCCAGGAGCAUGGCACGAAGUACACCCUGGAGAUCCAUGACAAACGCGACUUUGACCGCCAGGUCGUCAAGGGUGAUAGCUCGGUCUUCCGCCUCGAAACUCUCGGAAUAGAAAUGCCAACUGGUGAGGGACAGCUUACCAAUAUCGAAGGUCUCCUCACCAAGAUCCAGACCCAGCUCGAAAGCGAACAACCACUGCGCAAAACCGCCGACCCGGCCACCUACCAGGCGCUCGAUGAAAUCCUCCAGAAGCUUGCUAAGAUGAUCAACGGUGAAUCGUUCCCAUUCACAGUGACCUUGGAAGAUACCACUGGCAACUCUUGGAUCGCUCCUGCACCUUACGAUGAGGGUACCAGAUACAAGCGAAAGGAAUUCCAGCGUACCAAGGAACAGAAUGAGGCCCUCGGCAUUGGCAUCGGCGAAGAGGAUCAGGCCGGUCAGGUUUCGGGGGACCCUAACGACCUUGACAUUGUCGACGGAGAUGUGUACUCUCUCCCAACCCACUGUCCUGGCUGCGCGAAAGCUUGUGUUGUCAACAUGCAGAAGACCGGAGGUGCCAUCCCUGAUAAAGGAAAGCGAAUUAAGCUGCAAGUGGAGUCCAUUGAAGAUCUGUCUAGAGAUAUCCUCAAAUCUGAGACUUGUGUCCUGAAGAGCGACGACCUUGGUCUCUCUGUCCAACCUGGCACACUUGGCGGCAGAUUCACUACCGUCGAGGGUCUGCUUACGCAAAUUCGUGACCAGCUGCACGAACAGAUCUUCGAUUUUGGCGAUGAGGACCUGGCCCCAGGUGACUCCAUGCCUGUACCAGAGAAGGAUCGAUGGCAGCAAUUUUUUGACAAGCUCGACGCCGCUAUCAAGGGAGAGCAAAAAUUUUCUAUCACCCUCGAAGAUCCCUGUGCAAACAGCUAUGUCCAGAAUCUUUUCGUACCAGAACCAGACCCACAACUGGAGGAGGAAGAAUAUACCCGUACCGAAGAAGAGGAAGAAGAUCUUGGUCUUAAGGACAUGAAGACUGAGGGGUAUGAAGAAGAGCAUAGACUUGCACAAGAAGCGGAGAAGGCAGCAAAAGCGGCAGAGGAAGCAGCUUAA